AAAAACUGUGUCGUUUCGCCAUUUUUUCUUGGCGGACCUAUUCCACCGUACGAGGGAGAAGAGCCAAUACAAUUUACAAAAACAGAGGAACCGAAGAACACAAACGCUCGAAAGCUACGAUUUUUGGCGGGUCGCUUCUCUGAUUAACGAAUCGAGACGAACGACCCUGUUGGCAAGUUCAAGAGAAAUGGCUGUUUCGGCGAUCAGAGUCGCCUCCUGCGGUCGAUUGCCUCUUCUUCAUCAUUCUCAGUCUUCAGCCUCAACUUGGUCUCUUCGGUCCAAGAAGCUGAAUUAUCGGUCAAAGGGUCUCACUCUCUUUGCCCAGUACUCGCAAGCUCAGGAGCGCUUCUCCUCUUCUCGCUUCCAAGACAGCAUUCAGAAUCUGCCCAAAUUGGUGGAAGACAUUGUCCAGACAUCAAUAAACACAGGUCCUCGAGGAGCCAUAAGGCUAGCUCAAGGUGUUCAAGCUGUUAUUGGGGUUGGUGGGGAGUGGCUAUCUGAUGUAUCAAGGUCGACAAACUCGUCUGCUAGUUUACCGACCCAGCUACAGCUUGGAUUGCUUUCCCCAGUUUAUCUAAGAAAACUGUUUGAACGCAUGGGAGCAACUUAUAUUAAAUUGGGGCAGUUCAUAGCAUCAGCGCCCACGCUUUUCCCAAAAGAGUAUGUAGAGGAAUUUCAGAAAUGCUUCGAUAAAGCCCCGGCAAUUCCUUUUCAAGAGAUCCAAGCGAUUUUGCGUGAAGAAUUGGGGAGGCCAAUUGAUACAGUUUUUGAAUAUGUCGACCCGACUCCCCUUGCCUCAGCCUCCAUAGCUCAGGUUCACAGUGCAAGGCUUAGGGGCUCCCAAGAAGAUGUAGUUAUAAAGGUCUUGAAACCUGGAAUAGAGGACAUUCUAGUUGCUGAUAUGAACUUUGUGUACAUUGUGUCACGUAUCUUGGAGUUCUUGAAUCCCGAGCUGACUCGAACAUCACUGGUGGGUAUUGUGAAAGAUAUACGAGAAUCAAUGCUGGAAGAAGUGGACUUCUACAAGGAGGCUGCGAAUAUCGAGUCCUUCAGGAGAUACUUGGAAGAGAUGGGACUGACUAGACAAGCCACUGCCCCAAGGGUCUACCAGUAUUGCAGUACUAAGCGAGUUUUGACUAUGGAAAGGCUGUAUGGAGUUCCUCUUACUGACCUUGACUCCAUUAGUUCGCUUGUGCCUAGUCCAGAAACCAGUCUCAUCACUGCCCUUAACGUUUGGUUUGGGAGUUUACUUGCCUGUGAGACUUUCCAUGCUGAUGUACACGCUGGCAAUCUGUGGUUGUUACGUGAUGGUCGAAUUGGGUUUCUUGAUUUUGGGAUUGUUGGACGCAUAUCUCCGAGAACAUGGGCAGCCAUGGAAGUGUUCCUGACGUCAAUUGCCACUCAAGAAUACGAGUCCAUGGCGUCUGCUUUGAUUGAAAUGGGUGCCACGAACAAGGAUGUUGAUACACGGGCCUUUGCCAAAGACCUUGAGAAGAUUUUCUCGUCAAUUCAGGAUUUGGAUACGGAAAUUGUCGUUGCAACCGCUAGAGGGACCAGCACAAAUGCGACUGCAGUCUCUGCAAAUCUUCUCGUUGAUGAAAGGCAGAUGAAUGCUCUUUUCUUGGACGUGGUUCGGGUCAGUGAAUCUUAUGGACUAAGGUUCCCGAGGGAGUUUGCACUCCUCAUGAAGCAGCUUCUCUACUUCGACCGGUACACCCGUUUGCUGGCACCAAAUCUGAACAUGCUUCAGGACCAGCGGAUAACUAUCGUCUCGAACCGUAGUAACUACAGCAAUAGUAUCAACUGAUAAAGUGCUUCGAAAACAGAAUGUAAUGAGUAAAUGCGAGGAAUGUAGAAGCUUCAUUUUUCUCUUUAUGGGUCUCUUGGAUCCGAAUACAGUACAUGCUGUACAUGUAGAGAAAAGGAAAUUUUUUUUGCUUGGGACAAAAGAAAUAGGAGAUCGUAAAGUAAUACGAACAAUGCUCUCAAUUACAUAAUA